GUGAUGGCCAUGCUAACAGCUGCGAUGUACACUGCGUAUCACAUCUUCACCCAUGGAGACACUCUCUUGGCGGAUCUUACCAGAAAUGAGACCUUUGUGCUUGGUGUGGCCUAUGUCUUCCAGCUGCAUAUCGUCUUUCUCUGCUGGAUAAGCUGGAAGCGAGGCAAAAAGCAUCAACUGCUCAUUGACUCCAAGUUUGCAGAGGCAGCGAUUGAAGCCGUCGUCUCCUCGUUGGUCCAGACCUAUGCGGUAAUCUUUGGUGCGCGCACCCUGACACACUACCAGCAGCUAACCUUGUACCUUUCCAUCCUUGGCUCCCUGGCAUCCAUCUCCAAUGCCUUCACCCUCUUUGAUUCCCCCAGCGGCAUUGAUCAAGCACCAGGCAAUGAGACCUCACCAGUCAGUCCCAAACUUCUCCUGGUCAACUUGUUCCGGCUAUGUGAGUUGACGAAUAAGAUCACAGGACUCUCCCUGUUUCAGCUGGCAUUCCGGCCCUAUGGUGGAUGCUUCGCUGCUGCUGCAAGCUACCUGUCCCUGACGGUGUCCAUUUGGCU